CCAGCCACCGUCACCCCAGCCGCCGCCACUCUUCUCCUCCUCAUCGUCUCUGUGAUCGUCGUCGUCGGCAGUGACAGAGGGUGCCGUCGUCGUCCUCGAUCCUCUUCUCCUCUUCUCCUCUACGUCACGCGAACUGUUGCUCUAUCCUCUUCAAGCGCGUCCUCUCCUCCGUGAAUCUCUGCCCGGAGCCUCGCCGUGGAAUCUCCGCUCGGCGCCUCGCCGUCGCAAACUGAUCCACUCCCGAGCUCACUCUGUCACCGCCGUUCCUCCCUCGCCGUGUCUCUGAAAGGGGCAGCUGCUAAUGAAGUCAAAAGGGGAUAGGGACAGGAAAUGCCAUGAUUCUGAAGAAGACAACAGCAAUCUGCCCAGGAAAUCAGGAGGAGAUAUGGAUGGGAGUCAAAGAGCUGAAAAGGGACUACAUACGACCCAGUUCAGAGGAGAAGAGAACAGAGAGCUGCACAGGAAAACAGAAAGGGAUGGGAAUAGGAGGAAUAGAGAUGGAAGGGAUGGUGCCCAUCAUGAUUCAGGGGAAGAAGAUGGGGAGCUGCCCAUGAAAUCAGAAAAGGAUAGGGAUGUGAUGCAAAGAUUUGAAAGGUAUGGUGCACGUCACGAUUCAGAUGAAGAAGAGGGUGAGCUUCGCAUGGACUCAGAAAGGGAAAGGAAGCGUCAUGAUUCGGAAGAUGAUAGGGAGCUGGUUAAGUUGAUAGGGAUCAAUUUAGGAAAUCAGAAAGGAAUAGGGAUAGAAGGCAUAGAUCUGUAAAGGAUGGUGCCAGGUAUGAUUCAGAGGAUGAUGAUGAGGACCUGAACAGGAAAUCAAAAAGGGAUAUGAGGUAUAGAGGUGAAAGAGAUGAUGAUGAUGAUGAGAAGGGUCAGAGAGAUAAUGGGAGAGAAGAUAAUAGGAAGAAAGAGGAUGGACCUCGAAGGAUAGUUGAAAACACAAGACCAAGACAGUCAACAAUCCCAGAAGGUAACCUGAAUGGUGAUGCAUCUAAACUGGGAAAGAGGGGUGGUGUUUACAUUCCUCCAUUUAAGUUGGCUCGGAUGAUGAAAGAAGUUCAGGACAAAAGCAGUGCUGAGUAUCAACGGUUAACAUGGGAUGCUCUGAGAAAGAGCAUUAAUGGGCUGGUGAACAAGGUUAAUGCUACUAAUAUAAAAAACAUAAUUCCAGAGUUGUUUGCAGAGAACUUGAUUAGGGGAAGAGGCCUAUUCUGUCGGUCAUGUAUGAAAUCUCAGAUGGCAUCGCCAGGAUUUACAGACGUCUUUGCGGCAUUAGUUGCUGUUGUGAAUACCAAGUUUCCCGAGGUAGGCGAUCUUUUGCUUAGAAGGAUUGUUUUGCAGCUUAAGAGAGCUUACAAGCGGAAUGACAAGCCCCAAUUACUAGCUGCUGUUAAAUUUAUAGCACAUCUGGUGAAUCAGCAAGUGGCUCAUGAGAUCAUUGCUCUAGAGUUGCUCACAGUUUUGCUGGAGAAGCCUACGGAUGAUAGUGUUGAAGUAGCGGUUGGGUUUGUAACAGAAUGUGGGUCAAUACUGCAGGAUCUGUCACCCAAAGGUCUUCAUGGUAUCUUUGAGCGUUUUCGUGGAAUUCUUCAUGAAGGAGAAAUUGACAAACGUGUUCAGUUUCUGAUUGAAGGCCUAUUUGCUAUAAGAAAAGCCAAGUUUCAGGGUUAUCCAGCUGUUCGUCCUGAACUAGACCUUGUGGAGCAGGAGGAUCAAUUAACUCACGAAGUCUCAUUGGAUGAGGAAAUAGAUCCAGAAAUUUCUCUUGAUAUUUUCAAGCCAGACCCUAAUUUCCUGGAGAAUGAGAAGCGUUAUGAAGAGCUGAAGAAAACUAUACUGGGUGAGGAAUCUGAGGAUGAGGAAGGCUCUGAUGCAGAGUUGGACGAUGAUGAUGAUGAAGAUGAUGAAUCCAAUGAAGAAGAUGAUGAGGAAAGCAUGCAAAUCAAAGAUGAAACAGAGACAAACCUUGUUAACCUUAGAAGAACAAUUUACCUAACAAUUAUGUCCAGUGUAGAUUUCGAGGAAGCUGGUCACAAGCUUCUGAAAAUCAAGCUAGAGCCUGGGCAAGAGAUGGAAUUAUGCAUUAUGCUUUUGGAAUGUUGCAGCCAAGAGAGAACAUAUCUCCGAUAUUAUGGUCUUUUGGGGCAGCGUUUCUGCAUGAUCAAUAAAGUAUAUCAAGAGAAUUUUGAGAAGUGCUUUGUCCAGCAGUACUCAAUGAUUCACCGGCUUGAAACAAACAAGCUACGAAAUGUGGCUAAAUUCUUUGCUCACCUACUUGGGACAGAUGCUCUGCCUUGGCAUGUUUUAUCGUACAUACGCUUGACUGAAGAGGACACGACAUCUUCCUCCCGUAUAUUCAUCAAGAUCCUCUUCCAGGAAUUAUCAGAGCAUCUUGGCAUCCGACUGCUAAAUGAGCGGUUAAAUGAUUCAACAAUGCAGGACUCCUUUGAGUCUAUCUUUCCAAAAGAUAACCCAAAGAACACCCGGUUCUCCAUUAACUUCUUCACAUCCAUUGGACUUGGUGGUCUUACAGAGAACUUGCGUGAGUAUUUGAAGAAUAUGCCGCGUCUUAUCAUGCAACAACAGAAACAAGUUUCAGAUUCUGAAUCUGAUGAUGAGUCAGGGAGUUCAAGUUCAUCUGAUUCAGGAACAGCUAGUUCUGAAUCAGAGUCUGACUCAUCAAGUUCUGAUGAAAGUGAUAGUGAUAGGGACAAAAGGCGAAGAAAGCGGAGAAGAAAGUGAAGCAAACGAAUUUAUUUCCUUGUCCAGGGUCCUUGCCUCUGUAAAACUGUAUUAUGAGGGCUUAGUAUGCUGUCCGGUUUUGAAUUUUGUUAAGAUCAAUAUUUUCAUAGAACUUGCUCUGCUUUGAACUUUUCUCAUCCCAAACCACCAAAGUAGAAUUUGUAAGCUGUAGUAACUUGGGGUGAUAUAAUAAUUUAGUUGAUCGUAGUGUUCAAGCCGUUUCUUUGUCAUGCUUAGUUGCUACAGAUGAGGUUCUUUCUUCUUUGCACUGUCAUCGUUUCUAACAUUGGUUAUUAGUUUUGCUCGAGGCUUGUUGACGUGAUGUGAUGAUUGUGUUGCACAAUUAUAUUUCAGUUCUUUCAGCAUUUUCAUGUCUUA